UGUUGACUCCGGGCUGCAGCCGCUGCGGGUCUCCGAGGGGCCCGAGAUCGGCUCGGUAUAACCUGCGGGCGGAUCGGAGGCUGGCCCCAGGCUCCGCCUGCCGCUGGCGCUGAAAGGAAAGCUUGAACAGCCUGGGCUGGAUCCAGUGCCGGUAAAUCCUGCGACCCCACACUUAAAAAAAAAAAAAAAUGAAGAAAUUAAGGCUUAAGGAACUAGAAAGUCGCCUGCAACAAGUGGAUGGAUUCGAAAAGCCCAAGCUACUUCUAGAACAGUAUCCUACCAGGCCGCACAUUGCAGCGUGUAUGCUGUAUACAAUCCAUAAUACAUAUGAUGACAUUGAAAAUAAAGUGGUUGCAGAUCUAGGAUGUGGUUGUGGAGUUCUUAGCAUCGGAACUGCAAUGUUAGGAGCUGGGCUGUGUGUUGGAUUUGACAUAGAUGAAGAUGCAUUGGAAAUAUUUAAUAGGAAUGUGGAGGAGUUUGAGUUAACAAAUGUUGACAUGGUUCAGUGUGAUGUGUGCUCAUUAUCUAAAAGAAUGUCCAAGUCAUUUGAUACAGUAAUUAUGAAUCCUCCCUUUGGGACCAAAAAUAAUAAAGGGACAGAUAUGGCAUUUCUGAAGACUGCUUUGGAAAUGGCAAGAACAGCAGUGUACUCUUUACACAAAUCCUCCACUAGAGCUCAUAUUCAAAAGAAAGCUACAGAAUGGAAAAUCAAGAUAGAUAUUAUUGCAGAUGACUUUUGUUUUAUAGAGUUGCGAUAUGACCUGCCAGCAUCAUACAAAUUUCAUAAAAAGAAAUCAGUGGAUAUUGAAGUGGACCUAAUUCGGUUUUCUUUUUAAAAGCGUCUAAAGACAAAAGCAGCUUAAAACCUAAUUAAGAUGAAUAAAAAUUUUUUUUUUACUAAA